CUUUUCUUCUUUACGCACUCCAUUCCUCUUGAUUCAUUCACAUUCAUCCAUUUUCAUUUAUUUAUUCCAUCACCAUUGACCGACUUUCAGGAACGCGUCUCUGAGGGCGCGCUUUCUCUCUCCCAUUAUCGCUGAAAUUUGUCAACCUGUCAACUUGUCAAUCUGUUUGUCUCUUCUCCCAUUCUUUCAGCUCAAUUAUGCUUAAACACAUGCUGAGCGCUAUCUUAUCCUCCGUUUACGUCUCCAUAAUCGCUAUUCUUUCAUGCGUUCAAUUCCAUCGGUCGCAGACCCCCUUGCGACUCGCUUCAGCAGUGAUGGCUGUCAUGGGUCUAACAAUCGCUGCCAUGUCAGUUGUCUAUAUCGCGGGCAGUGUAUCCAUUCAAGCUUUCUGGGUUUAUCAACUUGUAGUCGAAUGUGUGGCAUUGACAUGGGUCUUAUCGACUAUCAUUCAACUUGGAUAUGCAUUUUAUCCUCUGACCAGGCACCAGAAAUUGAUCUGGCGCACUGCCUUGGGCUCUAUCAUCAUUUAUGAUCUCGUUGCCGCUGCUGAGCUCAUCUACUAUUGCUAUGGGGUCUGGGAUCUACAUGCACUUACGACGCCCAUGCUCUGGAUCUACUGGGUCCGACAGGUGAUUAAAGUCCUUGCCUGUGUAGUCACCGUUGCAUAUCUUUUCGUGCCAUUGGUUCGACACCACAAUAGCAAUAGUGUUGCUAAUGCCAACAUUGCAGAUAGUAACACUCUAGCUGUCGGGACAUGGUACUUGGCCUCCCUGGGUGCCACAUUCUUGGUAGGCUCAAAUUUAUUUAUUAUUUACUGUUAAAUGGUGUGGGACAAUACUGGGAUCACUUUCACUUCAGCCCUGAUGUUACAUCAUUGUCAGCAUACAGUUCGCCUUGGAUGCAUGAAUUGGAUCUAUUUUUCCUUUCACUUGGGGGCAUACAAGGCAAGAUAAUAGAAGAUGAGCCAUAAUAAUACAACCCAAUAUGAUCACGGGGAGCCCACUUUUUUUUUUUUCCUUUCUCCUAUUCGGCUCCUCCC